AAAGUACCACGUGGCUGCGCUGCCGUCGUCGACCCCGACAAAUGCAGCUAUGGGCUGCUAAGGGGUGAGAGAGAAAUAGGGGUUGAUUUGGCCAGUAGUAGCAUGUUGCCAUUCCUAACGUGAACAACGUAGUAGUUCGCGUGUUACCAUCAAAAAAGUGUUUCUAAAAAUAGAACGUCAACGUAACUCUGGUGCUCGUUUAAAAACGAGUGAUACUUACGUUAAACAUCGUUUAUAAAAUUGUUCAAAUAAAUUCAAAUUCGUGUGAAAGUUUUAUGUGAUAAUAUUUCGAUAAAAAGUGGACAUUAUUUUGUUUAUAAAAUACAAAUUUUGUUUCAUUCAUAUGUAUGCAUAAAAAGAAAAAAAAAGAAAAGGAUAUGAUGGAUAAAGGAAAUGCAUCUAAGGGGAAAAUUCCGACAUCUUUGAACAUCAACGAAACGAUUGAGAAUGAAAUUUUUAACGAAAGAAUGGCGAGAAUACUCAAGAACGAUUUGUUAUUGCACGAGGCUGUAAUAAAAAACGAAGCUGAAGCAGUUGCUAAAGUAUUGAAAGAAGAAGACGUUGACGUUGAUUCGAGAAAUAACUAUGGUCGUGCACCAAUUCACUGGGCUGCUUCCAAAGGGAAUACGGAAAUCAUUGAGAUGUUGAUCAAAGCAAAAUGUGACAUCGAAGUUAAAGAUAAGUUUGGUAUGCGACCAUUGCAUAUGGCUGCUUGGUACGGACACGAGGAUGCUGUUAAAAUUUUAAUUAACGCCGGUGCUAAUGUUUUUGCAGUUAAUAAGAAACAGUAUACUUUACUGAUGUGUGGUGCACGUGGGAAUAAUGUCAACGUUGUAAAAUAUCUCGCGGAAGCUGUUGAAUCGUUGAACGGAGAUGCAACGGAUUACACUGGUGCAACUGCAUUACAUCAUGCAGCUGUCGCAGGACAUUCUGGUGUAAUAUCAGCGAUAUGCAACAUUCCAAAAACUGAAUUGAAUGCAACUGAUCAAAAAGGACAAACACCGAUGCAUUGCGCUUGCACCGAGGAAAAUUUAGAAGCUGUAAAAGCUUUGAUUGAAUUAGGAGCAAACGUAAAUGCACAAGACAAUGAUGGAAAUACACCACUACACGUAGCAACUCGAAUGAGACAGAUCGAAAUGGUUCAGCUUUUAUUGAAAGUUGGUGCAAACAUCGACUUGACCGAUCAGAUGGGUUUCACUCCGCUUCACCUAGCAGCGAAUCAUGGUUGCAAAGGUAUCUUGGAAUUACUUAUACAAAAUGGUGCAGCAUUGAACAAAAAGUGCAAGGAUGGAAAUACUGCAUUACACUUGGCAUGUCAAAAUAACGAAGUGGAAACUGUAGAAAUAUUAAUAAACAAAGGUGUUGAUAUUAAUUGUUUAAACUUGAGAUAUCAAUCAUCGAUACACAUUGCAGCAGAAAAGGGACACACAGAGAUAUGCGAACUUUUAUUAGCAUCCGGUGCAAAUAUUGAACAAAAAGAACAGAAUGGUAGAACACCACUUUACGUAGCAGCAAGGGGUAGUUUUACAGCAAUAGUUGAUAUGAUUAUUAAAACUGCACGAUUGGAUUAUCCAACACCAGAAAAUUCAGAUUCGGAUAAAGAAGUUCGUGAAUUAACACCAGCAAGAAGACGUUGGAGGGAAGAUACUACUCGUGGUGUUUGUGCAGAAAAUAUAAAUAAUGGUAAUGGUGAUGGUAAUGGUGGUGGUGGUGGUGCACUUACCGAAACGAUUAGAUCAAUUUUAUGGAAGUUGGCGUAUAAACAAUUGGGACCAACAGAUUGGAAGAAAAUGGCCUUACAUUGGGCUUUCAGUGGUGAACAAAUUAGAGCUAUUGAACAUCAGUAUACUGUUGAUGUUUUAGGUUCAUCCAGUUACAAGGAACAUGGAUUUAGGAUGUUACUGAUUUGGGCCUCAGGAUUAAAUUCGGAAACAUCAUUGGUCAAAGAAUUAUGCAAAACAUUACGAACAAUUAACAAGAAGAGUCUUGCUGAUUCUAUUCAAAAGCAAACGGAUUUGGAAAAUGAUGAUAAAUUGAAUGCGAAUAAACAAAGUUGUAACAAAUGUUUAAUCUCAUGAAGAUUGGUGUUCUUGCUUUUUGUUGACAAAUUGAAUUUUGAUAAUUAAACGCGAUUCGAACAUUUUUACUCGUCCAUUUAAUUAACAAAUAAUGUGUUGUUAAAUUUUGGGGUUUUUUUUUUUU